AUGAGGUGGCAGCCCCACCAGGACACUCGGGGGCUGUGGGCUGAUAACCCGCACCACCAAAAAACACAUAUCACAGAAACUAAAAGGAGAAACAGCCGGAAGGAUCUUAAGGAUAUGACCUUUGGCCUGAAAAGGAAAACCCGUAUCGGAUUUUGGAAUGUAAGGACGUUGAGAGAGGCAGGGAGGCUAAGACAGGUUGAAAAAGAGAUGGAGAACUAUCGGCUAGACAUAUUGGGACUAAGUGAAGUAAGGUGGCCAGAAUCUGGGGAAUUCCAAACACAAAAUGGUGGAGUGUUGCUGUAUGCGGGUCAGACAGGUGAGGACGCGAUGCAUAGGAAUGGUGUAGGGCUCUUACUACCUAAAAGAAGCAAGAAGAGCUUACUGGAGUGGAAACCAGUCUCAGAACGGAUAAUAACCGCACGCUUUAAAACAAAUGUGCGAUAUGUCACUGUAAUUCAAUGCUAUGCACCUACUGAAAUAGCUAAAGGAGAAUUAAAAGAUGCAUUUUAUACAGAGCUUAACGGAGUCCUUAGACAAACAAAUUCUAGGGACAUAAAAAUUUUAAUGGGUGACUUGAACGCAAAAGUUGGUUCAGAAAAUGAAGGGCUUGAACAUAUCAUGGGCGUGCAUGGCGUGGGGAUCAGGAAUGUAAAUGGUGAACUUUUGAUAGAUACAUGCGCUGAACAUGACCUAGUCAUUGGAGGCACAUUGUUUCCUCAUCGUAACUGCCAUAAGAUAACGUGGGUUUCUCCAGACCACGUUACCGAAAAUCAAAUAGACCACAUAGUCAUAAGCCGCAAGUUCCGACACUCUCUGUUAGAUGUCAGAAAUAGAAGAGGGGCAGACGUUGGAAGUGACCACCACCUAGUUUUGGCGGAUUUCAGACUGAAGAUAGUGGCAAACAGAACCAAGCUCAAUCAUAGGUGCAAGAAAAUAGAGGUGGCAAGAUUAAAAGACCAACAGAUCAAAGAAACAUUUGCCCUUGAACUACAAAACAGAUUCCAGGUCCUCUCUGAAGAAAACUUUAUGGAAGAGGGAAUUGAAACAUGCUGGCAAAAAAUCAAGAACAGUUAUCUAGAUGUGGGAGAAGAAAUCUUAGGAAUUAAGGCACAUCAAAGGAAGGAAUGGAUCUCCGAUGCUGCAUGGAAUGAAAUCAGCCACAGGAAAGAACUAAAACUUAAGUUAAAUUUUUGUAAGACAAGAGCGCAGAAGAGCGAAGCGCAUAAAGAAUACAUGGAGGCGAACAAAAAAGUGAAAGCAUUGCUACGUCGAGAUAAAAGGAAAUGGAUACAUGAGCAAGCAAAAUUAGCAGAAGAGGCAUCAAGACAAGGAAAUAUGAAAGAGCUCUACAACAUUACCAAACGGUUGUCAAUGAACAACUUCAGACAUGAAGGACCAGUUAAGAACAAGAAUGGUGUGAUGCUUACAACUCAACAAGCACAGCUACAGAGAUGGGAGGAGCACUUCAGGGAACUGUUAAAUUGUGAAGACAACCAAGAGGAACAGGUAAGAGAUGUUCCAGAGGAAGUUGAAGAAGAUCAAGAUAUAAAUUUGCAGUGCCCCACAAUGUACGAAAUUAGGAUUGCCUUGAAAACACUAAAAAAUACAAAGGCUCCAGGCCUAGACAACAUAGCACCAGAGCUCUUAAAAGCCGAUAUUGAAAGUACUGUUAAAAUGCUCCAUCCUUUGCUGAAGCAUAUUUGGCUUGAAGAGAAAUCUCCAAAGGAGUGGAAAAAUGGCUUGGUGGUAAAGCUCCCGAAAAGGGAAAUUUGUCAGAUUGUAAUAACUGGCGUGGUAUUACAUUGUUGUCAGUGCCCAGUAAGGUCCUCACCAGAAUUAUUUUAA